UAAUCAAUUUCUAUAUAUUCUUACCAACUUCCCUAAUUCUUCCUACAUAAAAACCCAACUUUUUUUCUUCAACCACCCCAAAAAAACAAUUUUACACAAAAAUAAAAAUGAAAGCAUCUCUAUCAUCUUCUACAUCUCCGGUGAAUCAAAUGGUCAGAAAAGCUCGAAUAUCUACACCGUUUAUUUUCACUCUUCUUGCUUUCAUCAUCUUUGUUGCCAUUUUAUACGGUCAAGAUUUAUCCUGCACUUUCUCACAUUUUAAUUAUGAUAAAAAUCUCCAAACACUCGAUAAUUCCUCUCCAAACCCCAAAAUUCACUCCAAUUUUGGUGAAAUUGUGAUGAAGGAGAAGAAAAAGCAAAAAGGAAGGAAAGAGAAAAAGCUACCAUUUGCGAUCGGAAAGACGCCGGAAAAUUGCGAUAUAUUCGACGGAAAAUGGGUGAGAGAUACGGAGAAUAAACCAUUAUAUGAAGAAUGGGAAUGUCCUUAUAUUCAACCUCAAUUGACUUGCCAAGAACAUGGUCGCCCUGAUAGGGAUUAUCAAUUUUGGCGUUGGCAACCUAAUGCUUGUGAUCUUCCUAAAUUCAAUGCAACCUUGAUGCUCGAGGCUCUUCGAGGCAAGAGGAUGUUGUUCGUUGGUGAUUCCUUAAACCGGGGUCAGUAUGUUUCCAUGAUCUGUCUUCUUCAUAGAUUAGUACCCGAAGAAGGGAAAGUGAUGGAAAGCUCUUACUCUUCAUUAACAGUCUUCAGAUUGAAGGAUUACAAUGCAACCAUAGAGUUCUAUUGGGCGCCUUUCCUGCUCGAGUCAAACUCCGAUGAUGCUGUCAUACACCGAAUAUCAGAUAGAAUCGUUCGCAAAGGAUCCAUAGAUACGCAUGGAAAGUUCUGGAAAGGUGCUGAUAUUGUGGUGUUUAACACCUACCUCUGGUGGAUGACUGGUCUCGAGUUCAAAAUCUUGAAGGGAUCGUUCAAAGAUGGGGAGCAAGAGAUAGAAAUGCUCUCGACUGAAGAUGCUUAUCGGAUGGCAAUGAAGAGCGUAGUGAAAUGGGUCGAGAGAAACAUGGAUCCAAACAAGACUAGAGCAUUCUUCACUAGCAUGUCACCAACUCAUGCAAAAAGCAUAGAUUGGGGAGGUGAAGAAGGCGGCAACUGCUAUAAUCAAACAACUAUGAUCAAAGAUCCUAACUACUGGGGUUCAGAUUCUCGUAAAACCAUAAUGCAAGUCAUCGGUGAAGAGUUUAGCAAGUCGAAGGCGCACAUAUCGUUUCUCAAUAUCACUCAACUAUCAAGCUACCGAAAAGAUGCACACACACAAAUCUACAAGAAGCAAUGGAGUCCUCUGACUCCCGAGCAGAAAGCUAACCCGAAAAGCUAUGCUGAUUGCGUACAUUGGUGCUUGCCGGGAUUGCAAGAUACUUGGAAUGAACUUCUAUUUACAAAACUUUUCUAUCCUUAGAAACAGGAGCAGGUUUUUCUUGUACUUGUAUAAUUUUUACUAUGUUUUUGAGGCUGGUUCAUGGAUGAAAGCAUCCUGAUCGAUGCCUGAUCGAGUUGUGAGCAAGAAUGUUGGGUAGGCGGUGAAACCGGAGAAUGAAGAAUGAUGGAAGUUUUGUGUAUAUGACGAAAAAAUGGCUGUAAAGAACAAAAAUAUAGAAGUAUGUGAUGAUUUAUAUUAGAUUGAUUCUUUGUACAUGAACUGUGUCAUGUAAAAGCAGAGAACUCUAGAAAAUCAUUAUAGCAUAUUACCUUGUUUUAAAUUUAAGUGAAUUAGAUCUUGUCUGAGUUGGAGCAUAUAUCGUUUUUCUUCUUGAUGAAUCUGGGUUUGAUUCUCGCUGCCGCCUCUCACUCCUCUCUCAGCUUACACUGUAAUCCAAAAAAACUACCGUAUAAUACAUUACAUAAUUUAC